AUGUCCAGAAUUACGACCCUAACUCUCUCAUAUCUUUCCGCACUCUUGAUUUCAUCGGUAUGCGGUACUCAAUAUCUUUUCUCGGCAUAUAGUACGGAAAUACAAGAUCGACUGGAUUUUACCUCGGUGCAAAUAAAUACCAUUGGAAGUUUAGCUAAUUAUGGGAUCACUUUGAGUAAACCUUUCCUUGGAUAUGUCGCUGAUAACUAUGGAUCUCGACGAACGUGCGCAGCCGCGGCCAUUCUCAUAUUCACGAGUUAUUUCCUUCUUGCCAUGACCUACCAGAAAAUCUUCUUGCCGGCAUCAUUCAUGCUUUGUGCAUUGUACUUGUUUGGUGUUGGGAUGGCUUCUUCUGCUGGCAUAGUUUCAAGUAUGGUAACAAUCACAAAAAACAUCACAUCUCUUCGAGGAUUCGCAUUAAGUGUUCCCUUAGCUUUACUAGGUUUAUCGGCAUUCAUUUAUUCACAAAUCAAUAUGCACUUGUUUCAAGAUGAUACUUUUCACUUUCUAAUUUUCGUUGCUGUCUCCUCUGGGACCUGCCUAUUUAUCGGUAGUUGGUUUUUGGUGAUCGUGCCUCCACCUCUCCUCACAACUGCUUCUUUAUUCGAGGGGGAAAAUUACAUUAAUAAAAGCAUAAAUGAAGAAGAUAAAAAUUGCAACGAUAAUAUUUCUAAUAGUAGUGGUCAUGAUUACUCGAUAGCACAUGGCGGAUCCAACGGGAGAUCCACCGAACAAACUCCUCUUUUACAAAUACAAGAAAUCACCAAGGAAGAACCGGAUAUAGGAGGCUGGGAAUUGUUAAACAACAAAGAUGCUCUCCUGUUGAUACUUAUUAUGGUAUUCAUAGGUGGGACAGGGCUGAUGUAUUUUAAUAAUGUCGGUACUAUCAUAAGAACUCUUUACUACGCGUCUUCGACACACCCCACGUUCCCAUCCGAAAUUCGACGACUUCAAAACAUCCACGUCUCUCUCCUAUCGUUAUUCUCAUGUCUCGGUCGGAUAAGUGGGGGACUAUUUUCCGACUUGGCCAAAUAUUUUUAUGAUGUCCCUCGAUUUGGCUUUCUCGCAUUAGCAGGCAUAUGGUUAUUCGCAGGACAAAUAUUGAUGUGCACACAAGUACAAACAUUGGAAAACUUGUGGACAGUCACAUGUUUUGUGGGUUUCGGUUUUGGGAUGCAAUAUGGAGUUGCGCCGGCGAUUACGAGCGAGUAUUUUGGUUCAAGAAGGUUCGGGUUAAAUUGGGGGAUUUUAUCAUUGUUUCCCGCCAUUGGAGGUCAAAUUUUUAAUCUCAUGUUCGGUUACAACAAUGAUUUGCAUGGAAAGCACUGCGUGGGUGCAGAAUGUUACAACUCGGUGUUCUAUAUAAGUUCGGUGGGAUGUUUGGUGAGUGUUUGUGUCGCAUUACACAUCUGCUGGAACAUUCUGAGGAUGAAAUAG